AUGCAGUACCCUCCUUGUCCUAUGCUCAACCUCUUCUCGCUGGCUGUACUGAAAAAUUACAUUCCGUUUCCUCAUGCUGCUCGAGCCUCAGAGUCUUUGUGGGGGCGUGGAGAAGGGCCCUUCUCGGAUCUAGAGGGAGGUCUUUCCUGGUUGUCUCCUGACCUUGGCACCCGUGCCCAGACGCUUCGUCAGAGCCGCGGCGGGACAAAACUCUUUGGAUUCAUGAUGUGCUUUCCGGACUCUCCGGACUCAUUUAAAGCAGUGUCAGAUCUGAUGCUGUCCGUGUUUCUGGUGGACGACUGGAUCGAGCAGCAAGGCCCCGACGAAGCGGAGCAACUGGCUGAAUGGUGGAGGACGAUAGCUAUCCAGAGCGACGCCGGCGUGGCUUUUGACGCCCAGCGGGCGUUCGAAGCUCUGCCUCCGUCUCUACUUGCUGACGCCAGCAUGCGAAAAGCGGGCGAGCUGUGCUGCUCUGCGCUGACGUACUUUCUCGCGCGUGCUGCGCGAGUGGACCCCGCAUGGUUCGGGCGGUUUGCAUGGGCCAUUCACGAGUACGCUAAGGCCGUCGCUUCCGAGAUCACGGCGGCGCGCUCUUUCCUGGAGACGGGAACCCACCCCGCCGUCGUGGAGUACUUCGCCUACCGCUGCUUCAGCAGUGCCUUCAUCCAGCUGGCAGUCCUGGCGGCCCUGCAGCAAGGCCUCCGGUUGAGCGACGCGCGCUUUGCCGGGGCGCGGCCGCUGCUGGUGUGCGCGAGCCUGCUCGCGUGCUGCUUCAACGACGCGUUCGUGGCGGCCAAGGACGCGGCCGCGGGGCAGACCAAUCUCACGAAAGCCGUGGGGACGAGGUGCGCCGUCGACAUGCAUAACGCGCUGGUUGACUGCCUCUGCGAGGAGUCCGAACGUUGGUUGGAAGACGCUACGGAGGGCGACGACUCGCAGCGCUUCGUCGACUUAUUGAAGGCGAGCACUUUCGGGUGCAACCUGUGGCACAACAUCUGCCCUCGGUACCGCAAGUAUUUGGAGGUGACGUGUCAACCGUUCGGCGUUAUUGACGGCCCUAACGGUCUGCUGAGCGCUGGGAAUGGAGCACUCAAGCAAGAAAUGCGGGAGCUUGUGCACACACUGGCAUCUAGUGAAUCCAGUGCUCCCAGAUUUUCAAAUGCAUGUGAGGGGAUACACUUGACAUAAGUUUCUGUGUCCAUCUUUUCAUUGUUACUUAUUGUCAUCAGGCACGUUGUGAAGGAUGCUUACAGCGGUGAGGUAUAGUAGUGAGAAGGUUCCACUGAGCACGCCUUAUUUUGGAUUGAUGAUUGGUCAAGUAGCUGGAUCUGCUCGAGCUUGUUUGGAAGAAUGAAGGCGUGGGAUAAGGUGUCGUGCUGCCGGCAAGGUGUCUAAGAGAGUAUCAAUACUUAUGGUCUGCUGAGGACUUCAGAACGCGUCUUUGCAAUAAAACUCAGGAAAAAUAUAGUAAAGCCGAGAUAAUAAUAUGGUGACCGCACUGGGACGGGUAGGGUUAGUUUGGUGGUUAGACUGGGUACGGGUGCGGAGCGGGUGUAUUUUUGGGUUAGGAUUUUUAGUGUUAGUCGGAUAGCAUUAUUAUCUUGGCUUACUAUUAUCUUGCUUGAGUCUAAUAUGUCUUUGCAUCCAGUUGCGUG